ACAAGAAAUCGAUUAAAGUACACUUUAAUUGUAUUCAAUAGUUAAUUAAACCCUUCUACUGUCCGUAAUAGCCUUACCCAACUUUUUUGUUUUAUUUAAUCAUCCCAAGAAUUACAAACACGAUGAUUUUUUAAGCUUGCCCUAAGGACAUAGUUUGUUAAAUUCCUUGUCAGUAUAGCAAAAGAUCUAUAAGGAAGGAAUAGUUGAGUUAUUUUAUCUUGUUACUUGUUAAAAGUUCUGAUUAAACUAGAAAUGGUUGUACCAGGUGAAAUCAUGCCGUUGAAAUACUAUAAGAAUUUUAAUGUCCAAACUGAGCCCAACAUCAAAGGGGAACCUGCCGGGUUCAAUAUCAGCGAUUACAUCAAUGAUAUCCCUUUGCUUGUUGAUGAUGUAACUGACGAUGACGACGAGUUGGAAAGUAAAAGGAGUUCCAGACUUGAUUCGGUCGAUCACUAUAGCAUCAAGAAUGUCGAAUCCAGCCCCAAUACCAGUAGCUUAUCUACUGAGUCUUCUUCCGGUUCCAGUGGGAAUGCCAGGAAGAUAAGACCCAAGAGGUCAAGGGCCAAAGGGUUUACUGCUGCGACAUUGGCUCCCGAAGAUUUCAAACAAGAGCGAAACCAGUUGAUGAUGGUGAUUGUCAAGUAUAUUUCGAUCAAAAUUACCAAUUUAUUCCCUCCUUCUUCUUCCGAGUCCAAGAUCUCGUUGGAGAAGUUUUUGAUCAUUAUGGUCAACCGCCUCAAGUUGUCGUUGCCCAAUUUUUUGAAGUCAAUUAUCUACCUUUUCAGAUAUAUGGACAUCAUUUACCUUUUGAGGUACUUGAACCAAUCCAAUAACUUUGCGAACUUCAACGAGAUGGACUUCCCGUUGAAGAAAUUACUUAUUGGCUGUUUCAAGUUGACGUUACUUAGAGAAAGAAUUCACAAGAACUGGCACAAGUUGACCGGCUUGUCGGAUAAUGAGGUUAACAUUGUUAUUCAGACCAUCUUGAAGAGAUUGAAUAACAAGGUGGUGAUCAAAAAUGGAGAACUUGGCAAGUUGAAGCUGGAAAUAUUCAGAUAUGUCAAGAUAGUUUCCAAGGAGGUGUAGUCUUAUUAGUGAAGAUAUUGUAUAGUUAAAAGUGUAUCAUAGAAUAUAAGUGAAUGUUUU